GCUGGGCUCGCGAGCCGCAGACCAGCUCCGGUCGCCCCGCGCCGUCCUCCCCGCGCCGCCUGGCUAGCCACCUCGAGCGUCCUCAGCCCUUCAAGCCAAAUGAUGAACUUCCUGAGGCGCCGGCUGUCGGACAGCAGCUUCAUUGCCAACCUGCCCAAUGGCUACAUGACUGACCUUCAGCGCCCGGAGCCGCAGCAGCCCCCGCCCGCCCCUGGCCCCGGUGCUGCUUCGGCAUCGGCGGCCUCUUCUGCCGCCUCUCCCGGCCCCGAGCGCAGGCCACCGCCCGCCCAGGCGCCUGCACCGCAGCCCGCACCGCAGCCCGCGCCGCAGCCCGCACCGACGCCGUCGGUGGGCAGCAGCUUCUUCAGCUCACUGUCGCAAGCCGUGAAGCAGACUGCCGCCUCCGCCGGCCUGGUGGACGCGCCCGCGCCCGCCGCUGCCAGGAAGGCCAAGGUGCUGCUGGUGGUCGACGAGCCGCACACUGACUGGGCCAAGUGCUUUCGGGGCAAAAAAAUCCUUGGAGAUUAUGACAUCAAGGUGGAACAGGCGGAGUUUUCCGAGCUGAACCUGGUGGCCCAUGCAGAUGGAACCUACGCCGUGGACAUGCAGGUGCUCCGGAAUGGCACAAAGGUUGUCCGGUCCUUCAGACCAGACUUCGUACUCAUCCGACAGCAUGCAUUCGGCAUGGCAGAGAAUGAGGACUUCCGCCACCUUGUCAUUGGCAUGCAGUACGCAGGGCUCCCCAGCGUCAACUCACUGGAGUCCAUUUACAACUUCUGCGACAAGCCAUGGGUGUUUGCCCAGAUGGUAACCAUCUUCAAGACACUGGGAGGGGAGAAGUUCCCACUCAUCGAGCAGACAUACUAUCCCAACCACCGAGAGAUGCUUACACUGCCUACAUUUCCUGUGGUGGUGAAGAUUGGCCAUGCUCACUCAGGCAUGGGCAAGGUCAAAGUGGAAAAUCACUACGACUUCCAGGACAUUGCUAGCGUGGUGGCCCUCACCCAAACCUAUGCCACAGCAGAACCCUUCAUUGACGCCAAGUAUGACAUCCGGGUUCAGAAGAUUGGCAACAACUACAAGGCUUACAUGAGGACAUCCAUCUCAGGGAACUGGAAGACAAACACUGGCUCUGCAAUGCUGGAGCAGAUCGCCAUGUCAGACCGGUACAAGCUCUGGGUGGAUGCCUGCUCUGAGAUGUUUGGUGGCCUGGAUAUCUGUGCAGUCAAAGCUGUGCAUGGCAAAGAUGGGAAAGACUACAUUUUUGAGGUCAUGGACUGUAGCAUGCCACUGAUUGGGGACCACCAAGCGGAGGACAGACAACUUAUCACCGAUCUAGUCAUCAGCAGAAUGAACCAGAUGUUGUCCAGGACUCCUGCCCUGUCUCCUCAGAGACCCUUAACCACCCAGCAGCCACAGAGUGGAGCUCUGAAGGAACCCGACUCCAGCAAGACCCCACCUCAGCGGCCACCGCCCCAAGGGGGCCCUGGGCAACCCCAAGGAAUGCAGCCCCCAGGCAAGGUGCUGCCUCCACGUCGGCUCCCUUCGGGACCAUCACUGCCAUCUUCCUCUUCCUCCUCCUCCUCCUCUUCCUCUUCCUUGGCUCCUCAGAGGCCUGGCGGCCCCACCGCCACCCACGGAGAUGCAUCCUCCAGCAGCAGCUCCCUGGCAGAGGCCCAGCCACCCCAGGCUGCUCCACCACAGAAGCCCCAGCCUCACCCACAGCUCAACAAGUCGCAGUCCCUGACAAAUGCGUUCAGCCUCUCUGAGUCCUCCUUCUUCCGGUCUUCAGCCAAUGAGGAUGAAGCCAAAGCGGAGACCAUCCGGAGCUUGAGGAAGUCCUUUGCCAGCCUCUUUUCAGAUUAGCUCUUCAGGUACACGAGGGCACCCGGCCCAACCAGGAGAGGCAUCUAAGACAUUCACCAACAACAACAGUCUGCCAUGUUUGGUGGCGAUGUCCCAUGACUUGACAUGUGUGGCCCCUUCCUCUGUCCCUUGUGCUCAGUAAAUUUGUGCAGCCCAGAGAUGACCAGGUGACAGUCUCAGGGCAGGUGCCUACCCUGAAAGGUACUGACAGGAGAGGGAAAGGCUGUUCCCCUGUAGUCUUAAGAGCUUUAUUCUGAAGUCAUCGUUGCUGUGAAUUUAGUGGCCUUAUUGUGACAGAGCCAUUGUGUCUUACCCUUCCCCGUGAAGCCAGGAUCUCCAUAAUGGAGGCCACCUGGCAGCUGAACCCAGCUCAGACACAGAACUCAGCAUGUCCUUGUAGUCAGUGCUACCUGUGGGAAGUAUAUACUUAGAAGUACUAUUGGCUCUGAGUUUUAGGAGUUUCCCCCCAGAGCCGGGUGUCCUGCAGCACCUUUUGAAAGCACACUCGCCUGACCCUGCCCUCUCUAGAAUGCUGUGGUGGUGAGGGUCCUUGUGUCUGUUGAAACAAGAAGAUGAGGACUGCAGUAUCGCCUUUCUCCCCUCCAGAGAGCAGUUUUGUUGUGUGACCUCCCAAAACUUUGCUGUGGAAGAGAAUGCAUGCCGCUGUAACAGCAGUACACCCACCUCUGUGUUCCUCACCUUGUGAUGUCAAGACCGUGGUGUAAUAAAAGCAGCAGCGUUAACCGGCA